GUUUUGGAACUCAGAAUUGGUUUCUACGAGAACUCUUGCUCAGAUUUUGGAUUUUGCUUCUAUAUACCCUUCAUUAAUGAAAGUGCAUAAUUUAUGUUACUGCACUCUGGUUUAUUAAUAAAAAGAAAAAAAAUGCAGUGGUAGGUGUUUGUAUAUGGGUCCCCAUGUAAUAGUUAUUUCAUUCACAGUGAGCUUUGUUCAAGGUUUAGAACACUUUGGUGGCUAAAUGAUCUGAGCUAUAAUUUGGCAGGGAAUACAUAACAAUGGACGUGUUUGCAGCCAUGACAGUGUUAGUGGCAUACACACGACAAGUGAAAGAAUAUCAUCUCACUAGAGGACACAUUACGAUUGAAUUGAGAGUAAGAAAUUAGCAUGGGACACAACCUUUUAAAGCACCAUAGAGGAAAAAUGAGGAAUAACUCACCGGUUACGCAGCCAA